UCCCUUGCGCUCUCGCGCUCUCUCUCUCUCUCUCUCUCUCUCUCUCUCUCUCUCUCUCUCUCUCUCUCUCUCUCUCUCUCUCUCUCUCUCUCUCUCUCUCUAUUCAACGGGCUGUAUUGGCAUGGAAAACAUAUGUUUACAUUGCCAAAGCAAGUCUGCCUCUCUCUCGGUCUCGGUUUUUUUCUCCUUUGCCUUUCCUCCUCAGCAUCCACUUCUGAUGCCGUGUGUCUGUGCUGUUGGGGCGACCGGAGCCUAACGCGCAGGGCCCUUCACCCGAUUCGCUGCACCUUCCCUGGGUCUCUGUCUCUUCCACUUCCCCCUGCCUGUCAGCCUGCUUGGAUACCUCCCCCACCCCCCGUAGGGAGAAACGACAGUCUGCUUCACUGGGGAGCCGUUCGGGAAUUAGCAAUGCCCAAUCCCGGCAUCCUUUAGCCACUUGGAAUAUCUCGGAUUUCUACAUCCGUUUGUCUGUCUCGCUAUCCAUCUGUCGCCGGUCUCCCUCCAUCCGUGGCGGGGGACAGAGGAAUGAACAUCUGCAACCAUGAUUCAAGGACUGAAGAAACGCACCAGGAAGGCCUUUGGGUUACGAAAGAAAGAGAAGGACACAGACUCCACGGGCUCCCCUGACAAAGAUGGAGUAAGUAGGAGAAAGAAAAAGACCAACGGGGCUCCAAAUGGCUAUUAUGGGGAGAUUGAUUGGGACCGAUAUGCCGCUCCAGACGUGGACGCUGAGGGCUUCAGUCUCAGACCCGGAGAGGAGAGAGGAACAGCUCCCAAAGGCAAGCAGCACUUCUCGUCCAGCGACACUGAGGAUGAGGACGACAACAGGAAGUUCAAGAUCAAGAUCAAGCCGUUGCCCUCCGACACUGCCAAGUGUGCCGUCCCCUCCAUGGAUGAACUGAAAGCUUCCGUUGGAGGUUUGGCGCUAUCUCCCUCUUUGAGGAGAAGUCCGAGACGCAGCCCGGGCUCGAUAAAGAGACACCUGUCUUGUGAGGAGAUCGCCAGACCCAGACGCUCCACCCCUACACCAAGCCCCGCACCUGAGACACAAAGUGAGAGAGUAUCCCAGAAUCGUAGAGGAUCCCCAGCUUUCUUCGGGCAUCCUCCUGAGACGACCUAUGAGACACACAGAUACGAUAGUAACAGAAAUGAUGGUGAGGAGAUCGCCAGACCCAGACGCUCCACCCCUACACCAAGACCCGCCCCCGAGACACAAAGUGAGAGAGUAUCCCAGAAUCGUAGAGCAUCCCCAGCUUUCUUCGGGCCUCCUCAUGAGACGACCUAUGAGACACACAGAUACGAUAGUAACAGAAAUGAUGUAGUCUGUAUAGAGGCUGAUGCUUGGUGUGACUCCAGACCAGACUCUGACUCCCCUUUGACCAGAAACUUUCCCACAGGAGCUCCUCCUCCACUUCCUCCCAAGAACAUCCAAGCAGCUAGUCAAGGCUAUUCUUCGUCUGAUUCUUCCGUUGAUUUACACAAUGGGAGAAUAGUCUCAAGCCCCGCCCCCAUUUACCUGAACGUCCAAUCCCCAGCCUCAUACAGAGGUUCCCCCGUGCCUGACCUGGAAGAUGUGUUCGGCCCCAUGGAAUCCUCCCGGAUUAAUGAGGGCAGGGCCUCGCCCCGAUGGGUCAGCUUCAACAGUGAGAGACCACCCCCACCGGAAGAACCGGCCCCGCCUCCGCCCCCUGCCUAUCCUCCUCCUGACUCGCCCAACUCCUUCUCUUCCACCCCAGACUCCCCCUGCUUCUCCCCGGGCCCUCCUCCGGAUGAGCCUCCCCCCUCCCCGCCGCCCUUUUCCUCUCCCCCCGACUCGCCCAUCUCCAUCAUCUCCAUUCCCCCUCCAAAUGAACCCGUUCCCCCACUGCCUCCCGACUUCUUGCCCCCAGACUCCCCGCCAUGCAUCGCCAUCAAUCCUAGUCUGUUUUUGGAUGAUGAUGAGAUACUGGAGUACUCCCUUGCUCCCUCUGCCCCUGCUGCCCCACUAGAGUACUCCCCUGCACCUACCAGUCCCAUCCCUCCCCCCCUGCCUGCGGAGCGCUCCCUUCGGGCAGGCAUCCCUUCCCCUCUGGUGUUCCUUAGGGAGGAGCAGCCUGACUUUAUGUCCUGGCCCCUGGUGCUGACCCCGGGCUUCAGGGGAAUGCCGUCCCCCCUCCUCCCGCCCACCUAUAGGCCCAUGGUGUCUUCCCCCGGACCCUGCCCAGGCAGUGGCCCCUCCUCUCCACCUCGCCCUGCCACGCCCCUGUCAGGAGGUAGUCCAGUACCUCCCCCUCUUCCUACAAGGCCCUCCUCUCGACCCAAACUGCCCCCUGGGAAACCAAUGGGAGACCUGGCUCGACCCUUCAGCCCCCCAGUCUCCGGCAGCCCCCCUCCCUUCGCCCCCUUGGCCCGAGCUGAGAGUUCCUCCUCCAUCACCUUGCUGAGCGCAGCCUCCACCCCCACCCUGGGGAGAGAGCUCAACAUAUCCACUACAGAGGAAAAACAGCCAACCAUGGUAUGGUUUGACCAUGGCCGGUUUUAUUUGUCUUUUGAAGGAUGCUCCAGAGGACCCAGCCCACUGACCAUGGGAGCCCAGGACACUCUGCCCGUGGCGGCUGCCUUCACCGAGACCAUCAACGCCUACUUCAAAGGAGCCGACCCAAGCAACCGGCAAAGCGACCCUCAUCAGAAUAAAUGCAACAAGUGUGUGGUGAAGAUCACUGGGGAGAUGGUGCUGUCUUUCCCAGCAGGCAUCACCAGGCACUUUGCCAGCCACCCGUCUGCCCCCGUGCUCACCUUCAGCAUCAGCAACUACUGCCGGCUAGAGCAGGUCCUCCCCAAUCCACACCUACUGUGCUGUGACACCACCAUGUCCAAUGUGGACACCAAGGAAUUCUGGGUAAAUAUGCCAAACCUGAUGAGCCACCUGAGGAGAGUGGCUGACCAGAAGCCUCAAGCAACCUACUACAAUGUGGACAUGAUCAAAUAUCAGGUGUCAGCUGAGGGGAUCCAGUCUACUCCCCUGAACCUGGCGGUGAGUUGGCGUGGCGACACCACCAGCACGGACCUCAGAAUAGACUACAAAUACAACAUGGAGGCCAUGGCCGCAGCCCCCUCCCCCUCCCCCCUCCACAACAUCCACUUCCUGGUCCCUGUGGACGGUGGCGUGGCCAAACCCCAAGCCAUGAUCCCCACUGCCACCUGGAACCCAGAACAGCAGAAUAUUCUAUGGAAGAUAUCAAGCCUUUCCCAAAGGUCUGAAAAUGGAGGAGUGGGGGCUCUACUGGGUAGGUUCCAGUUGACAGAGGGUCCCAGUAAGCCGUCCCAGUUGGCGGUGCAGUUCACCAGUGAGGGCAGCACUCUGUCAGGCUGUGACAUCCAGCUGGUGGGGACCGGCUACAGGCUCUCGCUGGUCAAAAAGAGAUUUGCAGCAGGGAAAUAUCUGGCGGACAACUAGUCACCACUGUUGUAAAAUGGAACCCUUUUGACUGUGAGGAUGAUGAGAGACUUUUUAUGGAUUCUUCAUUCGAUAUAAGUUACCAACUGAGAAACGUCUGAAACCUAAUGCUUGAGCAGGGAGGGGUAACUGAUGACAUAGCAGCAACAACAGGAUGUGAUGUAAUACGCACUGUCCACCAGGGUUCACCAGGGUAUAGCUUUAUGUUUUAACACACUCAAAUACAGUAGUCGCACUGUUGGAGUUUAUGCAAGUAGUCACCGCUUUUUUUCGUUUUGUGCACCUUGAGGGUUGUUGAGGUCAGUUGUAAAAUCUUUUGUCUGUAAUGUUUUCGUUAUGUGUCGGACCCCAGAAAGACUAGCUGUCGCCAUUGGCGUCGGAUAUUGGGCAUCCUAAUCAAUAAAACAUUUAGAAAUCAUAAUGAAAGAUAAUGGAUUCAACACAUUUACUCCCGUUUAGCAAAGUCAAUUAUCAUUGGCAGCACAUACAGUAAUCCAGCCUUAUUUGUGAGAAGAAUUCUAUGUGAAUGGGUGAUGGAUGGAAGAUGCACUGGACAGAUUUAUGUGAAUAGAUAGACACUGUUGUCGUUCAUUGAUAAUUCAAUUGAUUAUGACAAGAACAAUUGAUUAUGACAUAACAAUUGAUUAUGACCAGAACUCCACAUGCAGGGUUAGGAUGACAUUUUGAUGUUUUUUAUUUAUUUAUUGGGUUGAUUCAACUGAUAUGGUACCAGCUGGUACUGCACCAGCACGUUGAGGCCCACAACUUGGAGUUAACGUACAGACAACGUUAUUAUGUAUGUGGUGGUUGUGUGUUUUGCUGGGAGCAAGAUUGAGCAUCACCCAUUCACAAAAAAAUCAAGAAUGAUUUCAUAUUGUUUUCCUGAUUUGUGGAUGACAAAAACAAAGCAGUUGACCUUACAGGCUGAAUAGCAGAGUUGCCUUGGACCAGGUUCCAUUUCUUUCUGGAUUCUGUUUGUCCCUUGGAGUUGUUGUGUCCAGGAGUCCUACUCAAGAAUUACUGGUUGAAAUGACAUCAUUACAACUGGUUAGGGUGACCGGUAGCUUAGCGGUUAAGAGUGUUGGGCCAGUAACCGAAAGCUCACUGUUUUGAAUCCUAAGUCAACUAGGUGGAAAAUCUGUCAAUGUGCCCUUGAGCAAGGCACUUAACCCUAAUUGCUCCUGUAAGUCGCUCUGGAUAAGAGCGUCUGCUAAAUGACUAAAAUGUAAAUGCUAGAAUUACAUCAAUUACUGGUUAGAAGUAGGUCUUUAUGAGGUCAUUUCAACCAGUUUUGCCCGCUGGGAAGUAUAACCGGGGGACAUCAAAAAAGAUGGAAAAGUGCUUCAAGAAUGAUUUAUCUAAAAUAGAAUAAUAAUGAAUAUUUAACGGAAGCCCCUAAUGUUGUGUUUCUUGUUUUUCCACCAUGUGGAGUUAAUAGAUGUUUUAUCAUUUUCUAAUAGCAUUAUAUUGAAAAUCUAUUUGUAAAAAAGUGUAAAUAUGAAAGAAGCUUCUUCAUAUAUCCCUUUGGACAUAUGGGUGAUUCUGUGUUUGUCAAAUCAUAUUUAUGUUAUACGGUUGGUGAUAGCCUUUACAAUACAUUACAGAACACAUUUUUGUUUUGUUUUAUUUCUAAUGUGGAUUUCUUGUAAAAUACUGACUGUCCAAAUCUGCGUUACUCAAAUGUUUUUUUUUUAAACCUUUUUUUACUCUACAAUGCUAGUUCAUUUAUUUCAAGACAUUUAGGAUGUCCAGCAGCACACAAAAGAGUCCCCCCCCCCCCCCCCCCCUCCUAAUCCAAUGCUAUUCUGACCUAGACUGGGUAAAGAAAACAGUAGUGAGUGUAGCGUUCAGUCUAAUGUAACCAGGUUCAUUCAGACCUACGUCUGUUAUAGUACGUGUACUAUGUGAUUGUUUUUUACUGUAACUUCUAGUCAAGUUCAUGUCAUCGUGUUUGACCUUUCACCUGAAGAUUUAAACUUUAAACCUUUGACCUUUGGCAUGAAUCCACAACAACAUUAUCACACUUCCAUGAUACUAUUCCAGUAACGUCCUCCUAUGUUUCCUCCCGACUUGCACACCAACAACAAGUAGUUUUGUGUAACUGUAAUUGUUUUGCUCCUGCCCAUCUCAAGGAGAAAAAAUGUUUUGUGUACUAUUUUCACUUUAUGACAAUGGUAAUAGAAUUAACUCACGUUGUUGUUACUUAUUUCCAAAAUCAGUAUAUUCAAAAUGAGUCGCGACCAAUGACAAAAGAGUGUUUUUAUCUUUGACAUUAUCAAUAACUAUGGUAAAUAUAUUUCAACUUUACUUUUUUUGUCCUGGUUGCAAUAUUUAAUUUAUUUCUUUGAGCCUAACUGGUCCUUUAAAAAGUAUUCACAAAUACAAAUAAACGUUUUUUCUGUCAGUAUUUUAUUCACUGCAUAGGACACUGAAUAUGCAAACAUACCAUGUACAUUUCCCAUCCAAAGAUUUUAAGAGUAAAUAUAUAAAAAGUUAAUAUAAUGUAAUAACUGUUUUACUUGGUAAUAAAGAAUGGGAGAAUGUUGGAAAUUAAAA